CCUCCCCGGGGUGGGGUAUGGGGUGCCGGCGCCGGGCUGUGGGGUGCAGGCGGGUGGCCGGGGGGCAAAGCAUGGCUGGACACCCCCGGGCCCACCCCACCGUGCUGGUGCUGCUGGGCCUGGCCCUGGGUGCCCGGGGGGCAGGCGCCUUCCUGGUGCACGUGGCCAGCUCCUGCCCGCUGGCGGCCAACGGCUCCCUGCUGGAUUUUGAGUUCACCCUCAUCUUCAACAAGAACCCGCUGGUCUGCUACGACCCCGACGCCCGGCGCUUCGUCCCCUGCGACUGGGGGCUGCUCCGCGACGUCGCCGGCCUGGUGGCCUCCACCCUCAACAACGGCACCGCCUGGGUGGAGCGCGCCGAGGCCCGGCGCCAGGCUUGCCGCGACCUGGCCCCCCACUUCUGGGCCUCCGCGGCGAUGCGGCAGACGCCACCUCAAGCCCGCAUCAUCUCCACUGAGACGAGAAACGCCCGGGCACCCAUCCUCCUCACCUGCCACGUCUGGGGCUUCUAUCCCCCCGAGGUGACUGUCAUCUGGCUGCACAACGGGGACAUCGUGGACCCUGAUGACCACUCCCCCAUCUCUGCCAUCCCCAAUGGUGACUGGACCUACCAGACGCAAGUGACCUUGAUGGUGGCCCCGGUGGCUGGGGACACCUUCACGUGCUCGGUGCAACACGUCAGCCUGGUGCAUCCCCUCCUGGAGGACUGGGGCCCCAGCUUGUCCCCAGGGUUGACGUUGAAGGUGGCUGCAGCCACCGUGGUGAUGGCGUUGGGCCUCAGCUUCUUCAUCGCCGGCGUCUAUCACUACUGGAAGAGGCCACCGGCACCGGGUUACACUCCCCUCCCCGGAGACAACUACCCCGCAGGCAGCAUCUGAGGACCCCCAGGACAGUGACCUCCCGGCGCCGACGGUCCCCCCCCACGGCCCUGUCACCCCGGGGUGCCGCUGCAGCGCCGACAAUAAAGAUGCUCCGUGGCGA